UCUUCGUACUUUUGUUUUAUGUAUAACAGAAAACAGAGGGCGACACUUGUGUGAAAAAUUGUUUUGUAAAAAAAAAUCUGGAAAACCGGAAAUAUUUACUUAAAAUCCGAAUUUGCACAACCAGUAUAGCCUUAUUCCUUAUUAAUCCAAGCGUUAUAUGGUUUACUAUUUUCCAUAGUUACUCGUAAAGUUCAAUGGUCAGCAGUUGUUUAAAACCUGAUUUCGUCGUAAAACUACGAGCUAAUUAACCUUGCCUAUAGCUUUUAAUUUACCUUCAUUAAAAAGGCAAAUAUUCCUUAAACAAUUUAGUUUUGUUCAAAGCAGUUGAUUUAACAGUCAUGGUUCAGGUCGAAGUAUUGACAACUACUAAUAAACAAAUAGGAACUAUUACAUUCGAUGAAAAUACAAAAGUAAAGGAUAUCAAAAAGCAGAUUGCGAGUAUUUACCCUAAACUUAACGUUGAUCGACAGUCUAUAAGAUCUGAACCUAAAGGAAAAGAUAUUAAUGAUGAUUUAACCAUUCCAUCAAUAAGUAAUGCCAGAAAAAUAUAUGUAAAAGACUUAGGACCUCAAAUUGGUUGGAAAACACUUUUCCUCCUUGAAUACAGCGGUCCUCUAUUAGUGUACGGAUUGGUAGCUUUAAGGCCUUGGAUACUCUACGGAGAUAGGGCUCAAGGAACUUCUUUAUCAACAACUGCAAUUAUAGCUUUAGGCUGUUGGAGUGCGCAUUAUGUAAAAAGAAUUCUUGAGACAUUGUUUGUUCAUCGUUUUUCUCAUGGUACAAUGCCAAUAAGAAAUUUUUUUAAGAAUUGUGGUUACUAUUGGGGAUUUGCAUUAUAUGUGGCCUAUCAUGUUAACCACCCACUUUUUACUCCACCACCGCUCUAUUUUCAAAUUUGUGGCUUGGCUUUAUUUGCUGUAUCUGAAUUAGGAAAUUUGAGUAUUCAUAUACUUUUAAGAAAUUUGAGACCUGAGGGUACAAAAGUACGGAAAAUUCCUGUACCAAAUGGCAAUCCCCUGACUUUGCUGUAUAAUUUCGUAUCUUGCCCUAAUUACACUUACGAAUUUGGAGCUUGGUUAGGUUUUACCAUUUUAACUUCUUGCAUUCCUGCUGGACUUUUUGGAUUAGCUGGAUUGUACCAAAUGGCUGUUUGGGCUUUAGCAAAGCAUAGAAAUUAUAAAAAGGAAUUUCCAAAUUAUCCCAAAAAUAGAAAAGCCAUUUUGCCAUUUGUAUUAUAAGUUUCGAAAAUUUCUUUUUUUGCUAUUUGGGGAUUUUUUUAUUAUUGUGGUUUCAUAAUUGUUCUUAUUGCAGCUUCGAAUAUAAAAUAAAAUAAAGUUAAACUUUAUUAUUAUAAUAAAGAGGCUAUGAAAGAUUUAAAUUAAAUAAACAAGUUUAUUGAAGCUUUGUUAUAUAUUAUGUUUAAUACAUUUUUGGAAUAUAAAUAAA